UCUCUCCUCCAAUACUCUAUUCCAAAUUAUCAAUCUUCCAAAGAGAAAAUCGCCGAAUUUGGGGAUUUCUUCGGCACCAGCCCUAACGCCGCCGCCAUCGCUCUUCACCCAGUCCGGGAAGCAAGGGAAGAAAUUUGUGCUUUGAUGCAAACUGUUGUCAUUAACAAGUAAACUUCUUUUUUGUUGUUUCCACUGCUAUCAGAAAGAAGUCAAAGGGGUAGGGUAUAAUCAAAAGGGCAAAAAUCGAAAACCAUACGCCUCAAAGGGUAAGGUUGCAAUCUUCUCAAUCCAACUCUACAUUGGACCAAAGGCUAAGUCGGAACUCUUGACCCUCUCUGUCUUUGCACGCUACUCACCUAAACUCCAAACCCCCCAAAGACUUCAACCUUUUACCUCCGAAGUUCCUCUCAGCUCCCAAAGAAGAAGAAGAAGAAGAAGACGACGAGGAUAAAGCAGAAGCAGAGGAAGAAGAAGAUAAAGCAAGAAGAUGGGAAGAGGGUUAAAGCAACUGGUCAAGAAGGGGCUAGGAGAGAUGGCUUUUAACACCGGUGGCGGAGCCAUCAACUGGUUCCCUGGCCACAUGGCUGCUGCCACCCGUGCCAUCAGAGACCGCCUGAAGCUUGCCGACCUCGUUGUUGAAGUCCGCGAUGCUCGUAUCCCUCUCUCUUCUGCCAACCAGGACCUUCAGCCUGUCCUUUCUGCCAAACGCCGCCUCAUCGCUCUCAAUAAGAAGGACCUUGCCAACCCUAACAUCAUCCCUAAAUGGAUUCAAUACUUUGAUUCGUACAAGCAAGAUUGCGUUCCAAUAAAUUCUCACAGCAAGAGCUCUGUUCAGAAGCUUUUGAACCUUGUGGAGUUCAAGUUGAAGGAGGUGAUUUCUAGGGAGCCUACUCUGCUUGUUAUGGUUGUUGGUGUUCCUAACGUAGGCAAGUCGGCUUUGAUUAAUUCCAUCCAUCAAAUUGCGACAUCUCGUUUCCCGAUGCAGGGGAAGAUGAAGCGGGCGACAGUGGGUCCUUUGCCUGGUGUGACUCAAGACAUUGCUGGGUUCAAGAUUGCUCAUCAGCCUAGCGUAUAUGUCCUGGACACUCCAGGUGUACUUGUUCCAAGUAUCCCGGAUAUAGAGACAGGUUUAAAGCUUGCGCUUGCAGGGUCUGUGAAAGAUUCAGUGGUUGGAGAGGAGCGUAUAGCUCAAUACUUACUUGCAGUUUUAAAUUUCCGAGGCACUCCCCUUCAUUGGAAGCACUGGAACAACAGGAGAGCAGAAGGGAUCCAAUAUGAUUCUGUUGAAAAAGUGGAAUACAAUCUAAGAGAUCUUCGACCAAAGAGGAGGAAACCACCAAAUACGUCUAGUGUGGUGUACAUCGAGGAUCUUGUUGCUGAAGUCCAACAUGCAUUGUACUUGACUCUUUCAAACUUUAAUGGCAACGUAGAAGACGAGAGCGACUUGGAGGGACUUAUAGAACAACAAUUUGUAGCACUGCAGAAGGCACUAAAGAUUCCGCAUAAAGCAUCUGAAGCUCGUUUAAUGGUAUCAAAAAAGUUUCUAACACUGUUUAGGACAGGUAAACUUGGUCCUUUCAUUCUUGAUGAUGUCCCUGACACUUCAUCUUCUUAAUGGAUCGGUUCUAUGCGGGCGAUUUUAUUUUUAUGUUCUAGUUUAUUUCUAUU